UUCGUCAAGUUGUGUCAUGUUUAUGAAAUUAUAAUCUUUAUUCAGUCUAGAAAUAAAACAAGAUGGCAGUGCCAACAGCAGACAAAGUGCAGGAAAUUAGGGAAGUAACGAGGAUGGAGCGAAUUGGCGCUCAUUCCCACAUCCGAGGGUUGGGUCUCGAUGAUGCUCUCGAGGCAAGAAAUGUCUCCCAGGGGAUGGUGGGACAGAUUGAGGCUCGGCGGGCGGCUGGUGUCAUACUUGAGAUGAUCAAGGAAGGAAAGAUUGCUGGGAGGGCUUUACUAAUAGCAGGUCAUCCAGGCACUGGAAAAACAGCCAUAGCCAUGGGUAUGGCGCAAGCCCUGGGUUCAGACACUCCAUUCACGAGUAUGGCCGGCAGUGAAAUCUUCUCUCUAGAGAUGGGUAAAACAGAAGCUCUCACGCAGGCCUUCAGAAAAUCCAUCGGUGUCAGAAUCAAAGAAGAAACAGAGAUUAUAGAGGGUGAAGUUGUGGAAAUACAGAUUGAUAGACCAGCCACAGGCACUGGAGCUAAAGUUGGCAAGCUGACUUUGAAGACAACAGAGAUGGAAACGAUUUAUGACCUUGGACAGAAGAUGAUAGAAUCUCUCACAAAGGAAAAAGUCCAAGCAGGAGAUAUUAUUACCAUAGACAAGGCUACGGGCAAGAUCACAAAACUGGGUAGAUCCUUUACCAGGGCCAGGGAUUAUGAUGCAAUGGGCGCGCAGACAAAGUUUGUGCAGUGUCCUGAGGGAGAACUACAGAAGAGAAAGGAGGUGGUACACACUGUUACACUGCACGAGAUCGACGUGAUCAACAGUCGAACACAGGGAUUCCUCGCACUCUUUUCAGGUGACACUGGAGAAAUAAAGUCUGAAGUACGAGAACAGAUCAACAGCAAGGUGGCAGAAUGGCGGGAGGAGGGUAAAGCUGAGAUUGUCCCUGGGGUGUUGUUCAUUGAUGAGGUCCAUAUGUUGGACAUGGAGUGUUUCUCCUUCCUCAAUCGUGCCCUUGAGAGCGACAUGGCUCCUAUACUGAUCAUGGCCACAAACAGAGGCAUCACAAAAAUCCGAGGCACAUCAGAAAUUGGUCCCCAUGGAAUCCCAAUAGAUCUGCUUGACCGACUUCUCAUCAUCUCCACAACACCAUAUGAAGAGAAGGAAAUCAAACUCAUCCUCAAAAUCAGGUGUGAAGAGGAAGAUGUUGAGAUGACAGAUGAUGCCAUGACAGUCCUUUGUCGUAUCGGCAUGGAAACCUCCCUUAGAUACAGCAUACAGCUUAUCACCACAGCCCACCUGGUCGCCAGAAAACGAAAGGCUACGGAGGUUGAUGUAGACGACAUUAAGCGUGUGUACUCUCUCUUCCUCGAUGAGUCUCGGUCAACACAGUUCCUUAAAGAGUACCAGCAGGAGUUCAUGUUCAACGAAUACAGCAAACAAGAGACCAUGGAAACCAGUUGAAGAUUUAACACAAAACAUUGAAGUGUGUUCAUUGGAGAAGGACAGUGAAUUAGAUGUUACCAUUGUGUUAAUUGUGUUAACUAAUUUUCAAGAUCUGACACUAAAACUUGAAUCUGACUAAGUAUAAAUUGUCCAAGUUGUACAUUAUUCGCAUGUAAUGAUGUAAAUAUAAGCCCUUUUUCUCUCUCAGGAUCAUGAUGGGCUAAGUGUUAAGAAAAUGUUUUUGAGUGGACCAUUAUUUUGUCAUUGAAAUGUUUACAUUUUAUAAAAUAAAUUUCAUGUACAUUU